GUUCGACCACCCUAAGAGAAUAUAUACAGAUACUAUCAUUAUUUAAUCAAUAUUCCUCUCCCUCCAUCUUCCCUGCAACUAUUUCAUCUCCCCCACAAGCUUCCAAACCAGGAGAAUUUUAAUCUGAUAUAUGGCAAUCACCACAAAUUCCUCUUGUUAUAUUCAAAACUUGCGGAUAUGAUCAUGGUUCCUGCCGAGAACCUGUCCAAACGAAAUCAUCUUCCUCGCCACGGUGGCGACGGCCUCGAUAUUUACGGUUGUAGCGGUGGCAGUUGUGCAGAGAAUUUGAGCCUUAGGAGGUAUGGAUAUCAGAGUGAAGCUUGCUUAGGAUCUGUAGGAGCUAACCACAUGGCCGACGAUGCAUCGAGAACUAAUAGUCUUAAUGAGGUAGGCUCCAGCUCCAAGGAUUACAAUCAUCAGGAAGAAGAAGAGGGAGAUAAAGGUUGGCUUCAAUUAAGUAUAGGAGGUUAUCACGCCACAAGAAAUCAUCAUGCCAAGCUUGACCACGGCGAUCAUGGCCGAGGGUUGACCGGAUUCAAUCUAUUACCCCGCGGUGGCUCGCAUCGAGAAAGUCCGCAUAUGCCGGAGUUUCGAGCUCCGAUACAUCCACUGGUCAUGCAAGGUUUUGCCACAUCUUUAUUCCUACAACAACAAGAAGAAGGAAGCAGCUCCAAUACAUUUAAGCCUAUAGCAGCAGCCGCUUCCUCUUCGUCGUUGGUGCCGUCGGGCUCCUAUUUUACCGGACCGUUCCGAUUGCAACCCGGCAUCGAUGUCGCAGGACCUAACUCGGAUGUUAGAAUCAUUGAUCCACCCAGAAGACCCCAUUCUGGCAUUUGGUUUAUGUUACAAGCAUCAGAAAAUCAAGCAAAAGAACCGUUCUUGCCUCAAAUACCAAAGUGCUACCUGAGAAUCAAGGACGGGAAGAUGACAGUACGGUCGGUAAUGAAGUAUCUGGUUAACAAGCUGAAUCUAGACAGCGAAUCCGAGCAGGUGGAGAUAAGGUGCAGAGAGGAAGAGCUUCAACCAUCCUUAACGUUGCAGCAUGUGAGAGAUGAAAUAUGGAGUAAUACUUCAAGAGACGGCGUCGCUUUGCUUCCACAUACCUCAACUCCACCUCAUCACCCCAAUCUCAUGCUUCUGCACUAUGGUAGGAAGGCUUGAAACUUGAAUUCAAACACAUUUAU